AUGGGGCUCCUUUCUCCCGACAUGAUUUGGGCAUCGUUCAAGGAGCAAUUCGCGAUAUCCACUGUACAGCUGAUCAUAUUCAGUUUGAUUUUACGCAGUAUAUACCGCUUGUAUUUUGACCCCCUCCAUCAUAUACCAGGUCCGAAGUUAGCGGCAAUUUCCCAUGCCUACGAGUUCUAUCAUGAUGUGAUCCGGGGCGGGUUAUACGUCUGGGAGAUUGAGAAGAUGCACGAAAAAUAUGGGCCCAUUGUGAGGAUCAACCCCCGCGAAGUCCACAUUAAAGACCCAUAUUUCUACGAUGAGCUGUAUGCUCCGGCCAACGGGAUGCGAGACAAAGACGCAAAAUCAGUCGUGAUCUUCAGUUCACCGACUGCUCUGGUUGCAACAGUUGGACAUCACACGCAUCGCAUGCGCCGGAAGCUGCUGAAUUCCUUUUUUUCAAGGCGAUCGAUUGAGCGGAUUGAGCCGGUGAUUCAUGAGUCCUUAUCAAGGUUCCUCGAUGGUCUUACUACAGCUUAUAAGGAAGGCAGUGUAGUCGAGUUGAUCGACCGACUACAGGGAUUGACAGGCGAUGUGAUAACGGAAUAUGCGUAUGGAGAGAACUAUGGACUGCAGGACCCUGAGAAUUAUGGCAAAGGUAUUGUCAAGGUUGUUCAGGAAGGGACGGACCAAAUCCAUUUCUUUAGAUUUUUCCCCCUCUUUUCCCAAGCUUUGCGAUGCAUACCUGCAUGGUGUAUGCGUAAGAUAUUUCCAGCCCGUGCCGCAGUCUAUCAACUGUUGGAUGGCGUACGGAAACAGUCAAUCCUUGCGCUCCAGCAGAAGGAAUCUGGCAAUCCUCCUGAGAAAAUGACCAUGUUCCAUGCUCUCACAGCCCCAGAGGUCCCCCUUGAGGAAAGGAGCUUACAACGUCUCGAGGACGAGGGACUGGUUCUAUUUGCUGCCGGUACAGAGACCACAGCUACCACCUUAUCUAUUGCGUUGUUUUAUAUCCUGAAUGAUAAGAGCGUUCACUCUAAACUUCGCGAAGAGCUGGACCAGGCUAUGCCAACUGCUCACCAUCCGACAACAUGGCGAGAACUAGAGAAACUGCCGUACUUGACAGCAGUCAUUCAAGAAGCCCUGCGUUUUUCGGGGCUCAUGAUGCGACAGCAAAGGAUUUCACCGAGAGAUGUCAUAAAAUAUAAGGAUGUUGCCGUGCCACCGGGGACACCGGUCAGUAUGAUUUCACACUUCGUGCAUAUGGAUCCCACCAUCUUUCCAGAGCCCAAAACAUUUAAUCCUGAGCGCUGGAUGCACACGGCUGGGCGUGACGAGGGUCUUUCAAGAUUCCUUCUUACAUUCAGCAAAGGGGGCCGGGGCUGUAUAGGAAUGAACCUGGCCUAUGCGGAACUAUACAACACACUCGCAGCUGUCAUUCGUCGAUUUGACUUGGAGCUAUACCAGACCACCACAGAGAAUAUUCGGUUCGUGCGAGAUAAACUUCUGCCUCGGGCUAAGGAUGGACCCUGGACUGUUAAAGUGAAAGUCGUAGGUAUUCGUGAGGACUAG